CAACGCAAGCAGGACGUCUUAUCAUCUCUCGGGUAGAAAGUUACGCGUAUCGCGUAUCGUCUCUCUUCUCAACUCUACAGUCGCCGCCCCUCGCCGUCUCUCUACUCUGGUGUAGGCUUCAGCUUCCUUCCCCUCCUCUUUGUCCCCCACGCCGCUUCCGAUCUUCCCGUCCUGUCCUAUCCAAGCGUCGCCCAUGGAAGCGAAGAUGGGAAGUGAUCUCAGCGCCGACUUUGGGAAGCUGGUCGUGGGGGAAGGGGAGCAUACUAGGUGGACGGAUUCAAGGGGGUUGGUUGAAGGUCAUGUGGUUUGCGCUAUUUGUUUGGAGAAGAUAUUGAUCCAGGAGACGGCUCUUGUAAAAGGUUGCGAGCACGCGUACUGUUUAACAUGUAUCCUAAGAUGGGCAACAUACAAGAAAAAUCCUUCAUGCCCUCAGUGCAAGAAUCCAUUUGAUUCCUUGACGGUCCAUCGUUCUCUUGAUGGCUGUAUCCAUGAUUACAUGUUUGAGGAAAGUGUCUGCCUUCUUCUUAGAGCCUCUUGGUUUAUUCCCCUUGCGAUAGAAGCUCACGAAGAUGCAUAUGAAGAGGAGGAUCUUUCUUAUUACUAUUAUGCAGAGCAUAUUCAAAAUGAAGAAGAUGAUGAAGAAGACGAAACUUAUUUUGCCAGAGGUUCAUCAAGAAUUCGAAUUGGCAAUAGGAGAUGGGGAGACAAUGGUUUUAUAAGGGAUGGGAGAAAGGAGGCAAGGCCUGUGAAUCGGCGGUCAUCGGAGGACUCCGCAGCCGGUCCAUCUCGCCAGCCAAAGAUGAAAGAAGUUGCUAGUAAUGCACCACCAACUGGAAGGCGAGCGAAAAGAGCCCUCAAGAGAGAAGCUGAAGAUAAGGCUGCUGUUACUAAACACCAGCAACAUCUUCAGAGGCUAGGCCUAAAGUAAUCUUCCACAUGAAGAUUAACUGGAUACCUUCUCAGCUGGCUUUGCAAUUAGGCCAUGACCUAUUAGUUGGACCUGCUGUACAGUAUAUUGGCCUUGUUUGAUAAUCUACUCGGAGUACUAUAUUGGGAUGACUUUCUUCUUCUUUUUUAAAGCGGCUUUCUAGUU